ACUUGAAGCUUCCACAAGCAUGUCGAGAGCUUGGUUGACUUUGGCGAUAACUUGGAGAUAUCCUUUGCUGCAUCGGGAGACAGAGCGCGAUCUGCUCAACAAAACUUGGCCUCUAAGAUGGUGUUCCAUGCGAUCAAUCAUACAUGGCGUGGCCGGAUCUUCGACGUCAACCUCCUGACAAGAACAAAUCGCGUGGAGAAUCGCCGUGUCGAAUGCUUUUUUCACACUGCGCAAAAGGACAGCUUUCUGGAUCCCGAUAUCAAGGAUGAGGUGGUGUAUGAUGACAUCCAGAACCUCCGGUGGACAGGUUUGCAAAGCUGCCAUGCUGAUAAUGCAAUGCUUCGGUAGUGUAUGCCCGUAUAGAAAAAGAACGAUGAAAAGAGACCUGAUCUUGCAGGAAGCUGAACGGACGGCGUUCUUGAGCCAUCGUGAGCUCCUCCAGCAUCAGUGAUAUGCGUCAAUGUCGCUCCCGGAAUUUGUUUGCC